AUGUACAGCUUUAUGGGUGGAGGUUUGUUCUGUGCAGGCGUGGGGAACAUCCUCCUGAUCGUUUCCACAGCAACCGAUUACUGGAUGCAGUAUCGGCAGUCCAACAACUACAUGCACCAGGGCCUGUGGCGGUACUGCAUGCCGGGGAAAUGUUUCCCCCACAACGACAGCAUCGCCCACCUAGACGCUACCCGUGCCCUCAUGAUCCUCUCUCUUUUGGCCUGUUUCAUUGGCAUCAUCAUUGGCAUCAUGGCCUUCAUCCACUACUCCUCCUUCGACAGGUUUGACAAGACCUUUGCUGCAGGCAUAUUGUUUUUCAUCUCAUGCCUUUUAGUGUUUCUAGCAAUGUCAGUGUACACUGGUGUGACUAUGAACUACUACGGGAAGCGCUACGGUAACUGGAGGUUCUCCUGGUCAUAUAUUAUAGGCUGGGUGUCCGUGGUGCUCACCUUUUUUUCAGGUAUAUUCUAUUUGUGUGCCUACCGGAUGCAUGAAUGCCCCAGGAGCUCCAACUCUCAUUAG